GAAUCCGGCAUCGUUCGGGGCAUUGUCUGUGGCUUUUUCAUGCCUUUACCGUGUUGUUGCCUGAAAGUAUUACAUCGUUCACCGGAAACUAGCGCCGUUUUAUCCGUUUGUUUACGUGCAUAGACACCGUAAUACGACACGUGUUCAUUUCCGUAUAAUAAUUAUUAUUGGGAUCCGAGGCAGACAAACACCCGUGAUCCGAUUCGAAGGACGUGCGCAAUGUGGAUUUUACUUUUAAUUUGUAAUUAUCUCAGAUGGGUGCCAUAUGGAGCCGUCCGGUAGAUAUACCAGUGAUAACUGCAGCUCCAGAAUUAGUCGUCGAGUCUUUUGAUAGCAUUACUGUUGAUUCUGAAAUAAAAGACCCAGACGAGUUUGAUAGGUAUUUGUCCAGUAUACGUGAACGACGACACGAUGCUAUUGCAUCAAUUAAAGCUGAAAUGAAUCGAUUAAAGGAGUACAAAGAUGAACUGGAAAUGGUGAGAAAAGAAAAAAUAGGACUAGAGCAACAAGUCAAAGCUCUUAAACAAGUAUCAAACAUUAGCAAUGACAUGUUGAAAAUCAGAGAAGCACAGGUGAAUGAUUUAAAAAAACGGUUGCAAGAAAUGGAAACGCAUGCAGACGAAUGUUUAGCCGAUCUACGCGUGGAAUAUCAGAAACAAAUUGAUAAUAUUAGAAAUUUGCGGCAGCUUUACGAGGAGAGAGCAGAAGCGGCAGCCAUGGGCCAUGAAAGGGAAAUUAAUAAAGAGAGAGCCAAAAAUUCUCUGCUAGAAGCUAAACUUGCCGAAGAACUUAACAGUAAGCAGGGUAUGAAUGAUUUUAUAGCAAAAUUGGAAACUGAGGUCCAAGGCAAGCAAGCUGAGUACGAACAAAUGAAAGCAAAGUAUAUGACUACAUCAGCAGACAGAAUGAGUCUUGCGUCUCAAAUGUCUUUGGUCAAUAAUUUGUUCUCUACUUUAUUGUCUGGUGACGAAGGACCUGAUUUCGAUCGAUUUGCUCGGAUGCUAGAAGAAAAUAGGGAGCUGAUAUCUGACUUGACUUUUAAUGGGGAUAUUAAUGAAACAGCUUCUGUCCUAAUGGAUAUUGCUGGCGACACAUUGGAGCGUUCACAAGAAGCAAGUUGUACAUCGAAUCGGGAAAAAAUUGCUUCAAAUCUGCCAAAAGUUUGGAGAAUACUUGUAGAACUAUUGGGUCAUUAUGACGAUAAAACGGCAAAUGAGUCAAAACCAGAGGAUGAAAACGAAUCUAGGGCUGCUACGGUGAGCAGAACAUUUUUGAAAUUAAAAGAUCUCAUUCUUGAAAAAAAUGCAUUGGUAAAAGAUAUCGGUAGACUGAAAACUCUAAAUGACCAUUUAGAAUCUCGACUUGAUCAUCAACAACAACGGCUUUCAAUCGUUUCUGCUGAGUUAUGCAAAGCAUGGAAUGCCGUAGCCAAUCUUAAUGCGCAACAUCGAAAGCUCCAUACUCAUGAAAAAAUUCUUAGAUAUGAACUGCAACACAAGAGAACUGUUCUAAAUGAAUUGAAAAAAGAGUUAGAGUAUUGUCGAGAGAAAUGGGAUCAAGCAAGAUUGAAAAAUUCACAGUCAGAAGAAGACUGGAAAUCUUUGAGGGAAGAAUUUUCCCGGAGAAAGUGCAAUAGUACAUCAGUAGAGAGUGGAUUCGAAGAUGAUGAAAUUAGAGUAGCUAUCGCUGAUAGUGGUGCUUGUAGUGAUGAGGAUGAGAGUUGGUUAAAAACAUUAUCUUUGGACACUUCAGAAUCAGAAGUUGUAGAUGAACCUCAAACAGAAAAUAAAACAACUGGAAUUAAAAGAUUAGAGGAACAGAGUAGAGCAUUGCUUAAUCAAAUGGUGCGUACUUCCCGAACUAGUGACUUUAUUACCGAGCGACUAGAGGAAUUACAGAGGCAGUAUGGACGGUCUGGGCGAUCGAUCACAUCUGAAAAUGAAAAUACAAUUUUAAUAGAAAAUGAAAUACCUGGGACUAGUAGUUCGAAUCCAAUCGUUUUACAAUCAAAUAAAGAAAUUGUAACAAAAACCGAUAUAAUUGUUUUACAAUCGGAUGAAAAUGGUUUACAAUCAAAUGAAACUGUUCCACAACCUGAAGAGGAAAGACUGCAACAAAAUACAUCUGUGUUACGGCCGGAAGAAGAUGAAAGACUCCAACGAAGAGCAGCAAGAUUAAAAAGAUUAGAAGAACAGUGUUUAGGUUUAUUCAGACAAGUGAGUGAGACAAACGCUAGGAGUGAUAUGAUAUCUGAUCGGUUGGAUGAGGUUCAUGCUAGACAUGUAGCUAGAUCCAACGAUCGACAGUCAACUUCCAUUGCUAUCACUGUUCCCUCCGACGAGUCACCUGAAAGUGUUUGAUCAGAAACAAUUAUAAAAACUCGAAUGAAACGUUUCAUUUAUGUAUGUAUAUUUUUGAAUCAAAACUACAGAAAUGACGGCCAAUAAACCAUUAAACAUGUUACAUUUCUGAGAAAUACAAAGAAUAUUAAAAAAAAAAAGAAAAAAAAGUUAACACACAAACACGUUUAACA